AGUGCAUAUGGUUACAAGACCCAGAGUCUCGCAGUGUAUUUUUAGGGCGUGGAACAUUUUAAUGAGCUAGAUUUCUCUACUAGACAAGAAAGUUUCUACCGUGGAAACAGCACAGAACUGGGGUUACUGGAGAAACUUGUAUUCAUCUGAUAUAAUUUACACUGUCUGCAUCAUCACCAUGUUUUCUGCCAAACGGCUAAUAGGAGGCCUACUCGAUGUUGUGAGCAAUAUUGAUCCCUCCCAGUUUGUUCCUUCUGCUCCACCUCCUGCACGAAGACCCUUAACAAAUUAUGCGUCUGCGAAUGAGAGCGAUGAGGACAGACAGUUCCGUAAAGUUUUCCAACAGCUUGCCGGAGAUGACAUGGAAGUUAGCCCUAAUGAGCUGAUGAGCAUUCUCAACAAGAUACUGACCAAGCAUGCUGACUUAAAGACUGAUGGUUUCUCAAUUGAGUCUUGCAGGAGCAUGGUGGCAGUAAUGGAUAGUGACAGUUCUGGAAAAUUGGGCUUUACAGAAUUCAAAUACCUGUGGAACAAUAUAAAGAGAUGGCAGGCCAUCUAUAAGACGUAUGAUGCAGAUCGCUCUGGAACAAUUGGGGCCAAUGAGUUGCCCGCAGCUUUCAAAGCAGCAGGUUUUCCUCUUACUGAUAAUCUCUUCCAGAUGAUCAUUCGCAGAUAUAGCGAUGAAAGCGGCAACAUGGACUUUGACAAUUAUAUCGGGUGUCUGGUGCGACUGGAUGCAAUGUGCCGUGCUUUUAAGACGCUUGACAAGAACAAUUCAGGAACUGUCAGUGUCAACAUAAAAGAGUGGCUUCAGUUGACUAUGUACUCUUAAAGCAAAAAGACUUCAACAUCAAACCCCUGACCACAAAAGUCUUUUGGAUAUUAUGAAUCAUUGUAUGUCUCCUUUUUUUUGUAGAUUGUAGUAACCAGUAAAACUGCAUACUUAAAAUAUAAAUAAAAUAUAAAUACUUUA